GUUCGAUUCGAUUCGUUCCAGCACAGAUACUCUUUAGCAAACAUAUGCUUUGAAGCAAGGCAACGUUGAAGUUAAUCCUUCGCUCCGAACGAGCAAUUUCUUCGCUGCUCUCUCUCUCUCCCUACACUUAUUUCUGCUCCGUUUGAUGUGUGCUUAUACAAUAAUGAUUUCCUUUUCUCCGAAACUUUUUUUAGAUUUUACUUGCCGCAUAUUCAGCGCCCAAGUUUUUCUCCCACCCAAAUAUUGCCAUAUUUAGCGAAUGGGUAAGGACGGAGACCCCGGGGGCCAAGCAACUAGUUCCAAGGACCCCAAAAUGCAAGCGGCUAAAGUGCGAUUGUUGGAUGGGACAUACAAGGAAUUCGAAUUGCAUCGUGGCUCAGAUGGUGAAGCGCUAUUCGCUCUUGUAAGUGCUGAUCUGUCCAUCGAAGAGCGCGAGUAUUUUUCCCUCUGUUUUUACGACAACGAGGGAACACGACAUUGGCUGUAUAACGACAAGAAAAUACUCAGACAGCUCAAAGGCCUUCCGUGGGAGUUCUGUUACGAGGUCAAAUUCUAUCCGACCGCACCAUCUUCACUUAAUGAUGAUCAUGCACGAUAUAAUCUUUUCCUACAAUUAAGGAAUGAUGUUAGUACUGGGAGACUGCCAGCAACACUAGAGACACAUGCUACACUAGGUUCGUUAGUGGCUCAAGCCGAAUUCGGUGAUGCUAAGGCAACACCGGAAUACGAACAAUAUUUACGUUCAACGAAAUUUGCCCCACAAAUGAGUGAUCAGUUGAUCGAAAUGAUAGCACAGAAACAUAAGGAGCAUAAAGGUUUAACGCCAUCAGAAGCGGAAAAUCUGUAUCUGGACACAUGCAAACAGCAGACGAUGUAUGGUAUCUUCGUCUUCAAUGCCAAGGACAGUAAAAAUGCACCAGUUGGGAUUGGAAUAUGUGCCCAUGGAAUUUAUAUCUAUAAAGAUCAAAUCCGUGUGAAUCGCUUCCCUUGGCAGGGCAUCAUCAAAAUCUCUUAUCGCAAAAAUCAGUUUGCCAUCAAGCUGAAAGCUGGAGAGAUCGACAAAAAGGAAGCUACAGUAACGUAUAAGAUUGCUGACUAUCAAGCCGCAAAACGAAUUUGGAAGUGCGCCGUUGAGCAUCACACAUUCUUCAGGCUCAUUCAACCUGAUGAAAAACCGAAAUCAUCGCUGUUCCGAUGGGGAUCAGCACGCUUCCGUUAUCAAGGUCGUACCCAAUUUCAAACGAAAAUGGCAUCACAAAUGUUCGAUAAGCCUUCUACAGUAGCUGUACAACGUGCAAGUAAUGCACGUUUGACACAUUCGCUUGAUAAUGUGGCACACCCUCAAACCGCUAGCGAACAGGUGUCUCCAUUGCAUUAUGCGGACAAUGAGCUUGGUCGAGAGCCAAUGGCCUCGCCUGCCGUAUCGUAUGAAGUUUCUGGUCAAAAUGAGAAACGGAAACUUGACGACAAGAGUUCGUCAAAGAAAUCGAAGAAACAAAAGAAAACCGACAAAGGGGUACGAGAGGCAGAUUCGAGCGAUUCAUCCAGCGAAUCAGAAGAUGAGAAAAAUCAAGUUCACAUUAUGCCCGUUGAGAGUGGUGAUGUGACAUUGCCGCUGUACAAGGAUCCGGAAGAUAAAGAUGGAAAAGUCGUACGCCGAGAAACGAACGAGCUCAAAUAUCAUCUGAAAGGAGAAGGCGUUUCGCCUGGAUUCGAUCCACAGAAUCCGGAGAGCGGGCAGCCGCAUACGACAAUCUCAACCUGGCAAGAAUCAAACCGUCUCCCAGACGAAGUUACAACCGAGUAUGAUGAGAAGGGAAAUAAGAUUACGCGAACCCUAAAAACUUCGCAAGUGAAGCAUACAGUACAGAAACAGACCUUCCAGAAUUAUGUAGUUCCCACGGAUGGGCAACCUGGUGUCGUGAGCGUGGAACGUGUUCGUGAGGAGACGACCCCACUUGGCACUACCGUAGCUGCUACCACUAAUGGUACGAAUGGCUCCGCUGGCUCCCCUCAUGUUGUAGAAACUCAUUCACGAACUGUUGCUUAUGAGGCUGAUCCUCAUCAUGAGACAGAACACAAUGAGGGCCUUGGCGAAUUUGUGUCUUGCAAAACUCUCACGUCUGGUAACCGAACUGUUGAAACCUACACCUAUAAAACUGAGCGUGAUGGUAUCAUCGAGACCCACGUCGAACAUCGCGUCACUAUCCAUUCCGAUGAGCCCAUCGACCAUGAUGCGGAGUUAACUCACGCAAUCAUGGAAGCGACUCAAAUGAAUCCCGACAUGACUGUAGAGAAGAUAGAAGUACGUCAAGAGUCUACGGCCUGAACAACAGGCGCAAAACGGCUCCCAUUUCAUGGGGCCCCAACUUCACUACCCGAAUACGGCUGCGUUCACAUAAUAUGAUACGAUUUUGAGGCUUUUUGAUAGCCCUAUACGUUGCAUUCAUCCAUUCCUUCACUCGCGACUUAGCGACUCCCCACCCACACAUAUAUCCCCCGUGUUAUAUUUUUUCUCACUAUACAAAUUCUACACAGUUUUUUUUUCUUCAUGCACAUUUGCCUUUCGUGAUUCGAACGACUACAAAGAAGCUUUUCGUAUGUUUGUGUGUAAUUUUGUAUGUGUGAUAAUGACGCGAUUGUUUUGCCUUAGAAGACUCGACUGAUCGCUGUUAUUGUCACUUGCCCUCUGGCUAGAAGCUACGUGUAGUUGUUCUUGAUCGCGCAUGCUGCUUUUUUCUGCCCCUCGUCCAGAAUUUUUUUCUCAGAAAUUUCUCCACACAUUUUCUCCUUCUCUCUCGUCUGUCUAGUUUCACCGAUCCCGAGUAUUCCCAUAUAGCCUUUUCACUCUGCUGCCUUUUUGUUGUAUCCACCUAUACACACUGUUUCCGCGUUCAACGAAUCUAUUUGUGUAGCGUGUAGCGCUUCCCACAUAUAUAAGACGGCGUGGCUUGGCUACGGUCAUACAGACGAAAUGAUAUUGCCUCUAUAAGCCAACGCUAAGCAGCUAUCCUAAUAACGAAGUAUAUUCUCUUUUUUUUAUAUGUUUAUCCGUUCCGACACCCUUUGCUUUAUAAUGCUUUUUCCGUAUUAAAUCAAUGAAGUUCACUUUAAUC